GAUAAAAUAGCUUCAAUUCUCUAAGUGAAAAAGAAUAUACAGCAUGAAUAGACAUUUGAUUUUGAUUUGCCAAAUACUUGUUUUUACAUGUAGCGGAACUAAUGCUACAAUUUACUAUUCUGGUAUCGAAAAGAAAAUUUUUGAUGACGCAGAAACAUCAUGUCAAGAAUUUGGCGGGAAUCUUUUGAGUUUUGGACAACUAUUCGUUAAAGCUUUGUUAACAUGUCAGCACUAUCAAUAUGUUUGGAAUGGGAGGCCAGUUUACAAACAAUUACAGGGAUGUUAUACUGGAGAAGCAACCAAGAACACACCAACAGAUCAUCGGAAAGCAGAUAAACGCAUUGCUAUAUGUGCUGACUUUUGCAUAAGUGACAAUUUCACUCACUUUGGCAUUACUACUACAGAAUGUUUUUGUUAUGAUCUAGAAGACUUUGCCAGUGUUAAAAGGUCCAAUUCCUGUGACGUUUCAAUAUGUCCAGGAAACUUAUACGAUGUGUGUGGUGUGGAUCGUCAUCAAGUUUUGUAUGAAAAGGAUAACGAAUUUGAUAUUGGGUCAUGUCAUGCAAGGAAUGUACAUGAUAAUGGAUAUAGUCAUAGAUUAAUUGGAGAUUGUUUACAAACUUUUCCGUAUCUUUGUCAAGUUGGUGUGUCAGAUAACAUCAGGUGCUCUCUAAAUGAAUCAACGCCUACAAUGAUUGUUCCUACUACUGAAAAUACCGAUACAGUAAUCGUCAGUGGUAUUGAAGUCGAUAUAGACCGGGAUACCACAGUUUAUAGAAGUUCUACUUUAUCAACGAUAAAGCGUAAAGUGACGAAUCAAGCCUUAACUCAACCACAAGAAUCUAACAAAAAAGUUAUAAUCAUUGGUGUUGCAGUAGUGAUGGCUUCUUUCUUGCUGCUGUUCGUCGCUUUUAUCUAUAUUAAAACUAGGGAAAAGCCAAUUGAAUCAAAAGACAAAGCAGUCCCAAAAGUACAUUUCACGAACACAGAUGAGGACAGUGAAGACAUUUAUUAUACUUCAGUUCAAUAUAACAAACUAGCUGAACCAUCUGAUACCAAUCAAUUCAAAGCUAGAAAUCAAAUGUACGACGAGGAAUAUCUAGUCUUCAACCAACCAACAGUAUAUGAUUGAAAAUAAAAUAAAGCAUAAUUUCGAGAUUUGUGCUGUUCUACUGUGUUUACAUAGUAUUAUCGUGUCGUAUCCAUAAUAA